AUGGACAGCCGGCAACAAAGUAGGCGGCGGCGGCCCGCGCCGACCCCCUUCGUCGCCCUCUUCGUCACCCUCCUCCUCCUCGUCCAGACGACCGCCGUGCGCGCCGCCUUUACCAACAACUUUGACGCCUACCCGGUCGGCACGCGGUCCUGUCUCGAUUCCGCGUCCACGGCCAGCGGCUGCAAUGGCGACACCGUCACCGCCAUGAACGACUGCCUCUGCAGCAACACGGGCAACUUUGUCAUUGGCGCGGCCGAGUGCAUCGGCAAGUCCGACCUGGCCGACCUCGAGACCGUCUACACCACCAUGGCCUCGGCCUGCUCGUUUAGCAACACCCCGCUCAGCGUCUCCCAAAAGGACUUUUUGGCCGCCGGCAACGGCACCUACAGCUCGUCGACCACCACGAUGCCGUCGACCACGUCGGGCACCACCAGCGCGACACCCUCCCUGACGACCAUCACGACGACCUCAAACGGCCACACCCAGACGAUUACCACCACGGCGGGCACGCCCACAAAGACUGGCGAUAGCAGCAACAACGACAACAACGGUGGCGGCAUGUCGAGCACGACGCGCACCGGCAUAAUAGCUGGCGCCACCGUGGCGGGCGUGGCGAUUGUGGCCGUGCUGGCCUACUUCCUGGUCCGCAUGUGGCGGAAGCGGCAGGCGACCGAGGAGAACCGGCCGAUGCUGGGCGGCGACGGCGCGUUUAGUGACAUGGGCGGUGGCCGAGGCGGCGGCGGCGGCGGCGGCGGCAGCCAGGCAAGCGGCACAGAAUUGUCACACCUGUCGGCGGGCGGCGCCAACACGUACGACUGGAAGGCGGGCGCCGUGGGCGGCGAUCCGAGCGAGUCCAAAUGGCCGCACGACCCGUACAACACGUCGCCCUCGCCCAACUUGCUCUACCAGCAGCAGUCCGGCGGCGUGUACGAGCUGCCCGUCCAGGAAGGCGCACACCACCCCGUCGAGAUGCCAGCCACGCCCAUGGUGAUGGCGGCAACGCCAGCGACCCAGGGCUACCACCACCCGCAGGGCCUCCAACCAACGGAGUACGGCCAGCCCCAAUACCGGUAG